UCAAUGUUUACAAGUGUGAAAACUUAAGUCAGUCGAAAGUGCAAUAUAUCUUUUGUGAUGGCAUGACAAUAAUAUGAUGUUAAGCGUUCUUUUCUGUGUUUGUGUUUACAAUUUUCUGUAGAAUUUUUUCCGAUAUGAAAAUUCCAAUCUGCCGCUACAAUUUCUGGAAAUAACAUGCAGUGUCACGUACCAGACUUCAGAAAAACUUAGGCACUCAGAAACAUUGUAAUGGAAGGAGACGAAGAAGGUGUUUACAGAUUGGAAGGGAUCACUGAAGAAGUAGGUGGUUUAGUUGUAAAGAAGAAACCGGUUAAUGAUGACAGCGUAUUUAAAACACCAGCUCCGAAGAAGUCACUUCUUGGAUUGGAUAAGUUAGCAGCAAUACGCAGAAAGGAGAAACAAGAGGCAGAGCAAAAUGAUGCAAAGAAGGCUAAGCAUCUGUCUGACAAAUCUGAAGGUGAUGAAAAAAGAGUGGAUGAUAAUGGUCACAGAAAGCACAAACGAAAAUCUAAAGACAGGCACUAUCGCCAUGUUCAAGAAGAAACUCCAACAUACACAGGAGGAAUAUCCGAUGAAGCUCGCCAGAGAUUAGUUGAAAGACUACAGAAAAACAAAGAGAGAGGUGUCCACGCAUCUACAAAAGAUAAACAUAGAGAGAAACGAGCACAUGAUGACAGGCAUAAACAUUCUCACCACCAUUAUAAAGAAAGAGAUCGUGAUAAAAGAAGUCAUCACAAUGAAAGGAGGAGCCGUGAACGAGAUGUUGAUAAAAGAUCUGAGCGAGGAUCUUCCCGUUCUGCUCACAGCUGGAUUGAAACACCUCGUUUUCGAGAUGAGCCUCUCACACCAGUAAUAAAGAUAAAGGAUCCCACAUCCAAAACGAGCUGGGAUGAUGACGAUCCGACACCAUCAAAGUAUUCCAGUUGGGAUCUCCCAACACCACAGACAAGAGAACCAGACAGUGACUGGUCAAUCAGAAAAGGAACAGAAAAGCGCCUACGGAAAGAUGAAACUCCAAGACCUACCCCAGCCCACAGAUUCAAUAGCUGGGCCCGUGACAGGAAGAGAACUGGUGCUACACCUCUGCCAGGAAAAGAAAAUGAUGUACAGUGGUCCUCGGCAGAGGAACGAGAAUUGUGGGAAGAAGAACAGAAAAGAUUGGAUAGAGAGUGGUACUCGUUGGAUGAUGGCUAUGAUGAAGAACACAAUCCUUUCUCAAAUCUCAGUGAAGAUUACACCAAAAAGAAAGAGGAGCAACUUGAACAAAGGAAAAAAAAGCGGUUGUCUGCUCAACAACGGCAGAUUAAUAAGGACAAUGAACUCUGGGAAAGAAAUCGAAUGCUGACAAGUGGUGUUGUACAGUCUGUGGACGUGGAUGAAGAUUUUGAUGAAGAAAACAUCGACCGAGUUCAUUUAUUGGUGCACAACAUUGUGCCUCCAUUCCUUGACGGCCGUAUUGUUUUUACAAAACAACCAGAGCCAGUAGUUCCAGUGAAGGAUCCCACAUCAGAUAUGGCAAUGGUAGCAAGGAAAGGUUCAAAUUUAGUUAAAAUUUUUAGAGAACAAAAAGAAAGACGAAAAGCACAGAAGAAGCAUUGGGAGCUUGCAGGAACAACAAUAGGAAACAUCAUGGGUGUUCAGAAGACAGAUGAAAAGGACAUACGACAAAAUGAAAAUGAUGAAACGGAUUAUAAAACUGAUCAAAAGUUUGCAGAACACAUGCAAAAUGCUACUCAGGCAACAAGUGAAUUUGCGAAGAAAAAAUCUAUACUCCAGCAGAGACGAUACUUACCUGUUUUUGCAGUGCGGCAAGAGCUACUUAAUGUAAUCCGAGAGAAUAAUGUAGUGAUAAUUAUUGGUGAAACUGGCAGUGGGAAAACAACUCAAUUAACUCAGUAUCUUCAUGAGGAUGGUUACAGUAAAUAUGGAAUGAUUGGCUGCACGCAGCCUCGUCGAGUUGCAGCAAUGUCUGUAGCCAAGAGAGUCUCAGAUGAAAUGGGCACGCACCUUGGAGAAGAAGUGGGAUAUGCAAUCCGUUUUGAGGAUUGCACAUCAGAGAAAACUAUUAUAAAAUACAUGACAGACGGUAUACUGUUGCGAGAGUCUCUACGGGAGUCAGAUCUAGACAACUACAGUGCAAUUAUAAUGGAUGAAGCACAUGAACGCUCUCUCAGCACAGAUGUGCUAUUUGGUCUCUUACGUGAGGUUGUUGCUAGGAGACAUGAUCUAAAAUUGAUAGUUACCUCAGCUACUAUGGAUGCUACAAAAUUUUCUACAUUUUUUGGUAAUGUCCCAACAUUCACGAUCCCGGGAAGAACAUUUCCUGUGGAAAUUUUCUUCAGCAAAAACCCAGUGGAAGAUUAUGUUGAUGCUGCUGUGAAGCAAGCUCUACAGAUUCAUCUGCAGCCAAACGAAGGAGAUAUCCUCAUUUUUAUGCCUGGGCAGGAGGAUAUUGAGGUAACGUGUGAAGUUCUUGCUGAGAGACUUGGGGAAAUAGAUAAUGCUCCUCAGCUUUCUGUUCUUCCAAUUUAUUCGCAACUGCCAUCAGAUCUGCAAGCAAAGAUCUUCCAGAGAUCACCAGAAGGACUCAGGAAGUGUGUUGUUGCAACCAAUAUUGCAGAAACUUCACUGACAGUGGAUGGAAUAAUGUAUGUGGUAGAUUCAGGUUACUGCAAACUGAAAGUCUACAAUCCUCGUAUUGGUAUGGAUGCUCUACAAAUAUAUCCUAUUAGCCAGGCCAAUGCCAAUCAGCGAUCAGGUCGGGCGGGAAGAACAGGCCCAGGCCAAUGCUUCAGGUUAUAUACAGAAAGGCAGUAUAAAGAUGAACUGCUUGUUACAACUGUCCCAGAGAUCCAGAGGACCAACCUUGCAAAUACAGUGUUGCUUUUAAAAUCUCUUGGUGUUCAAGAUUUGUUGCAGUUUCAUUUCAUGGAUCCACCACCUCAGGACAACAUUUUGAAUUCAUUGUACCAGCUGUGGAUUUUAGGAGCACUAGAUCACACUGGUUCUCUUACACCUCUUGGAAGACAAAUGGCAGAAUUUCCACUUGAUCCUCCUCAGUGUCAAAUGCUCAUUGUAUCUUGUGAAAUGGGUUGCUCAGCUGAUAUACUUAUUAUUGUUUCCAUGCUGUCUGUGCCAUCAAUUUUUUAUCGCCCCAAAGGACGCGAAGAAGAAGCUGAUGCAGUGAGAGAGAAAUUCCAGGUUCCAGAAUCAGAUCACCUGACCUAUCUCAAUGUCUACAAUCAAUGGAAAAGCAACAAUUACUCAGCAGCUUGGUGCAAUGAUCACUUUAUACACGUUAAAGCCAUGCGUAAAGUUCGUGAAGUUCGUCAGCAACUGAAAGAUAUAUUAGAACAACAAAAAAUUGAAGUUGUUUCAUGUGGAACAGACUGGGAUAUAAUAAGGAAAUGCAUUUGCUCAGCAUAUUUCCACCAGGCAGCAAGACUUAAAGGCAUUGGUGAAUAUGUAAAUUGUCGUACAGGAAUGCCUUGCCAUUUGCAUCCAACAUCAGCUUUAUUUGGAAUGGGUUUUACACCAGAUUAUGUAGUUUACCAUGAACUUAUUAUGACUGCAAAGGAGUACAUGCAGUGUGUUACUGCUGUGGAUGGCCACUGGCUGGCAGAAUUGGGCCCUAUGUUCUUUUCCGUGAAGGAGACAGGUCGCUCAGGAAGAGCCAAGAGACGACAAGCUCUGGAGCAUCUUCAAGAAAUGGAAAGUCAAAUGAAAAUUGCACAGGAAGAGAUCAGACUGCGCAAGGAAGAAGAGGAACGAAAAUUGCAAGCAGCAUCAAAAGCUGGUGAAAUUGUUACACCUGGCCUUCGAGAACCUGGUACACCUGCGACACCUAGAAGAACCCCAGCACGGUUUGGUCUUUGAUGGAGUAAAGCGAAUAGUUCCUGAUUAAUAUUCAAGGAUAAAAUGUUUUUUUUGCCAUUGCUGAAGGUGUUUUGUUUUCUUAUAUUUCAUUUAUUAAGACAUUUUUCAUUGACAUCUCAAGAGUCCUGUGAUUGUAUUAAACUUUUAGCAGGUCACAGCUGUGUUCAGAAAAUGAAGUACUACACUGUUAUUGACCUAUUUGUUAGUCACCAUGUUUGCAUUAUUGUACAAAAUGGGCAUUCAAGUAAACAUAUUAUUUUUUUACGUGUGUAUAACAAAACCAUUACUAAACAUAAUUGUUUUAGAUAGCCUUCUCUUGAAUGGCACAUGGAACAUGGUGACUCAAAAGCAUAGAAUCCUCAUGAAUUUUAUUUUAAGAAAGAUAGUGAUGUAAAAUUUUGUAUAUUUGAUAUGUUUGUUUAGCUCUUGGAGAAGUUUAUAAUUUAAAAUUACCAUGUAAAGAAAAGAUGUACAUUAUUAGAUUUAAAUAGAAUUUGUGAAUAUAAUGUCACAAUAGAUUAUGUACAUGUACAUGUGCAUGUUUUUAAGGGACAUACAUGGAAACUGAUUAAAAAAAAUAGUUGGCUAUCUACAAAUGUGCAGUAUUCCUUUAGUAACACAGAACUUGUGUGUUACUAUUUCAUCAUAGCAGUG